AUGGUACUCUCAGGCGACAGGCAAACGGGAAACACUAAUUGUCGACGAAUAAAGUGAUAUGAAUUGGCGUCAAGAUAUAAAGCGAAAACAAAAGUUUCAGAGAGAACAGUCCUGAAUCGACAUACAACGAACACUUCUCGAUAACUGCCCGGUAUUCAAUUGUUCCUGUUUUCGCCCAUUCGGUUAACGAUACUAAUUUCAGGCGCCUGUUCGACCAGCCUACAGUCACACCUUGUCUUGUGAGUGAAACUCUAGUGUUGUUCCGUAUCCAUUUCCCAAACCGUUUGUUCAAAAAUUAUGUCUUUCAGGCUGUCAUUCUGUUCCCACACGAUUGCCACGCGGAUCAAGGAGCAGAAGUUCGACACUUCAGCUGUUUUCUUCAAAUUUAUUUGCUUAAAAAUAAUUCAUUUUAAUGCAAAAACCAAUUAUUGUUAGAGUUUCCUCUGCGAUCCUCCAAAUUCCCCAAUUCUCUCCCAUCAUUACUUACUUGUCUGAAAUAAAUGCAACAAAUUAAUGAGUUUUUACUUUUUUUGUUCAUUUCAUUUUCAUUUGGCGCGCUUCCAUCUGUGUUGCAUUCGAAUAGUAACUUGACAACAUUUCUCUAGCGGAAUAAGAGGUGAAAUUUGAAAGUUUUGAAGCCAACUUUUGAGUAGAGGUGCGGGAAAAAGCAGUACGGUCGACAAUUGUCUGCAAUUUAGCACCGCGGUGUGUGGCACGUACCCAACGCAUCGGCGUCGCACACCGUACCACUUGCAUACGUUGCCUUAUUUCACACACAUUAUUAUCGUUCCAAGACCAGAAAAUAAACAUAUUUCGCAAUCUCGUGCAUGGUUUAAAAUUUGCAUACGUGGAACUUUUCGGUUGGAGUCUUAGAAAACCACUCUUAUCGAUUUUUGGACCGGCUGUGACGAAAUAUUGUCAAAAACGUUUUGCAAAAUUGUGAAGCAAGAGUUUCAGCAGCGAGAGCUUCUGAUUUAAUGGAGAUUCGAAGGAUUCGAGUCUGAAAUGCUUGCCUUCUCUCAACAUCUAUGCACAAUUCUUCUGCUGCUCGUUUCCUACGCCUCAUGUGGUACGCCGGGAUUUUCAAAUGCAAGUUACACGGAAAGCUGUAGGACAAAACGGUUUGAUCGGUUUUCAGGAAGAAGAAGAAACUUCUGCAGAUUUAUCCGCUACCAUUCUGGUAUCUACCAUUGACGGACGACUGCGAGCGCUUGACGCAGAAACUGGACAAAUCAAGUGGACUUUGCAAGAAGGUUUGUUAAAAAAAUGAUUCCUUUUUGUCAAAAAUUUUCAUACAACUCAAUGCUAUACUCAAUUUACCACUCUUGCCCUCUCAGUGUUUGCAGACUCAAGCCUAAUUUCAGAAAAUUUUGAAAAAGAAAAACGAAAAUCAGACUUGCAACGGGCCGGGCUGGGCUUUAAAAAAUUCUACAAGGCCCGGCCCGACCACGCGUGGGCCCACGUAAAAAAUGAUACCAAAAAAAUUGGUUUUCAGAGCCUGUGCUACGUUCUCCGUCAUCUGUAAAGCAGGGGUUCACAUUUCUGCCGAAUCCUCUCGACGGCUCUCUGUAUGUUUUGAAGAACAGUUCACUGAAACGAUUACCGUUCAACAUUCCGCAAUUGGUUCACGCUUCGCCAUGCAAAGGAAAUGACGGAAUUUUGUACGCGGGGAGCAAAAAAGACGUCUGGUUCGGAAUUGAUCCAAAAACUGGUCUUAAAGUAAGUACUAAUUUUAUGCUUUUUGCCAUUGGUUUGAAUAUUUUCAGGUCGAAACUCUAUCAUCAGCUUCUGCGGACAGAAUAUGCCCUGCCAAUCAAAAACGAACUAUUUUUCUGGGAAGGACCGAGUACAGAGUGUCCAUGUUCGAUGAGAAAAAUCGCGGAAAAACGUGGAAUGCGACUUUCAACGAUUAUUCGGCUCAUCUCCUGCCAGAAGUCAACUCAUGGCCCUUCAAAUAUUACGCAUCUUCUUCUCAUGGAUAUAUUCUGACAUUUGACAAGGAUACAGGUAAGUACUGCUUAACUAAAAAUAAUUUUCUUUUCUCAAUUCUACUUGACCUUGUUUGAAGCUACAGCAGAUUUCUGUCAAAAUAACUAUUUACCUUUGUCAUGAAGCUCACGUGAAAUUGAAAAUAAAAAAGUUGCUGAAAGGAAUAGGAAAAUCUCGUAAAAGGUCACGUAAAGUUGUAAUUCGGAGAGAAUUUGAAAAGAACAUGUAAGAAAAAAGGUUGCGUAAUAAUACCCAUAGACGUGUGAUUGGAAAAUGUUGACAUUUCCAGGUGAAAUGCGCUGGGAACAAGAUCUGAAGCAGCCAGUAGUUGCUCUAUAUCUGCUAAAAGACGACGGGCUGCACAAGCUGCCGUUCGAAGUGAUGGGCAAAGAGACGAUGGAAAAUGUGGCGAAAGUGAGUCGAGAAAAAACAGUUUAUUGCAGUGAAAAUGAUUGA